AAGUGUUAGGAACAUUCCCCGAGGCCAGAUAUACUGGGUUCUGGAGUUGACAGAGCCUGCAUAAACUUGUAUAUCAUAAGGCGGCAGGCUCUGAUAUUCCAGCUGUUGCCAGCAUGCCUUCGUGACUCCACAAUGCUGUAGGCAGCAGGAUUCUGCGGUGGCAGAGACAGGCUCUGGGUCCCUGAAGCACUUAGCUGCCUUUGCAGACUGAAUGAGCCACAGUCUACAGCAGCAAGCAGGGAUGCAGUCUUUCUGUGCUUAGCAGUGCCAAGCCACAAGACAACCAACAUGUGAAUGAGGACACAACUUUCUCUCAACCAGAAGCCCAGCUCUCUUCCAAGUGUCAACGCCUGCAGACAUCAGCCAUGGAAACUUCUCGUUCUCCUUCACCUCAGUUUGCCCCACAGAAGCUGACAGACAAGCCUCCCCUGCUUAUCCAUGAAGACAACUCAGCAAGAAUUGAGCGGGUGAUGGACAACAACACUACUGUGAAGAUGGUACCCAUAAAAAUAGUGCACUCAGAAAGCCAGCCUGAGAAGGAGAGCCGCCAGAGUCUUGCAUGCCCAGCCGAGCUGCCUGCACUGCCCAGUGGGCUGGAGAGGGACCAGAUCAAGACACUGAGUACAUCCGAGCAGUGUUACUCCCGCUUCUGUGUGUACACACGACAGGAGGUGGAAGCCCCACAUAGAGCCCGCCCCCCAGAGCCACAACCACCUAGUACCUCUGCACCUCCUGUCAGAGAUACCUGUUUCUCUCCUCCAUUCCUCAACUAUGGGAAGGCCAAGGAGAAAACCAUGGAUGACUUGAAGUCUGAAGAAUUAGCCAGGGAGAUUGUGGGAAAGGACAAAUCAUUGGCUGACAUCUUGGACCCCAGUGUGAAGAUCAAAACCACCAUGGAUCUGAUGGAGGGAAUUUUUCCCAAAGAUGAGUACCUCCUGGAGGAAGCUCAGCAACGGAGAAAGCUGCUCCCCAAAGUCCCUUCACUCAGAGUCACAGAGGACAAGAAACAGGACCCCGGUGUGCUAGGGGUUGUGUCCUUGGCCACCAAUUCUACCUAUUACAGCACAUCAGCCCCCAAGGCGGAACUGCUUAUCAAGAUGAAGGACCUACAGGAGCCUGAGGAGUAUUCAGGGGGUGACUUGGACCAUGACCUGUCCAUUAAGAAGCAAGAGCUCAUUGACAGUAUCAGCCGCAAGCUGCAGGUGCUCCGGGAAGCCCGGGAAAGCCUGCUAGAGGACAUCCAAGCGAACAAUGCUCUUGGGGAUGAGGUGGAAGCCAUUGUGAAAGAUGUCUGCAAGCCCAAUGAGUUUGACAAGUUCCGGAUGUUCAUUGGGGACCUGGACAAAGUGGUGAACCUCCUGCUGUCACUGUCAGGGCGCCUGGCUCGUGUAGAAAAUGCCCUCAAUAAUUUGGAUGACAGUCCUUCUCCUGGAGACCGGCAGUCACUGUUGGAGAAACAAAGAGUCCUAACCCAGCAACAUGAGGAUGCCAAGGAGCUUAAAGAGAACCUGGACCGCCGUGAGCGCAUUGUGUUUGAUAUACUGGCCACCUACCUCAGCGAGGAGAACCUGGCUGAUUAUGAGCACUUUGUGAAGAUGAAGUCGGCUCUCAUCAUUGAGCAGCGAGAGCUGGAAGAUAAAAUCCACCUGGGUGAAGAGCAGCUCAAGUGCUUGUUUGACAGCCUACAGCCUGAGAGAAGCAAAUGAGAAGCCCAUUCCCACAGAAGGUAGACACUGAGCUUUGAAGAUUGCCUGGGACUACAUGAGUGAACCCAAGCCUAUUUGCCUAUCUCUGGAAAGACACACUCUAGAGCCACUAGGCUAGUAAAAAAGCAAUAAUGUCCUGUUAGUGUGUGAUGAUUUGUUUUUGUUUUUAAUUUCUGUUGGUUUGCUGAGCAGAGUCUCGUACCACAUGUGGCUUCACAGGAUGCCAGGCUUUCAUAGUCAUCAAGGGUCCUCUAGUAUGUCCAAUGGCUGGACCCACAGUAUAUGCAAGCAUUCCUUUGCAACAGUGGCACUGUUACUCCUCCCUUGUGUAGAUGCCAAAUACAUCUCUACAAUGCAUGAGAGAAAAGACCCUUGUGAUUUAGCCAGGCAUGGACUGCUGUGUGUUCUGUUCUUGUUCAUUCAACAAUGUGAGCAUUCAUCAGUCUAUCAUCAAUACGUUCUCUGUCCCAGUAAAAAUCAGUGAUGAUGAUAAUUUAUUGAUGUGUGGAAAAGAUGAACCAUUUCCUAGUAGUUAAAAGCCAACUAUGAAAUGAACAACCUACAUAUUUGGUUCACUCAUUCCAAGAUUAAAACCAUCACAUAACUUGUAUGCAUGCUUUGAAACACCCAAAAUAAACAGAUAGCUAGCAUCCUUGUCAAAUCUUAAAUAAUUUCUAACCGAGAAACAUUACUUAGUUAAAAGUGUGUCUACUAAUAAUGUUAUUGCUUGUUCUUUAUUUCCUGAGACCAAUGGAAUAUUUUGAAGUUUCCUUCCCCAGAAUACUAAUUUGUUUGUGUACAUGAUCCUUAAUGAUAAUCAGUGGCUUAUCUUCUUUUUACCAUUCUGCCUGUUACCAUGGGCCACAUGCCAUGUGGUCCUCUGGUCAGAGGUCCUGUAGAGUGACUAGUGCUUACAUUUGAAACAGAAUUUUGUCCUUAACAGUUGAAAUGGCAAGGUGACAAAUAGAGUAUUUACUCAUUAAAGCAACAGUUGACAGGACAGAAAAUGGGAGAAAACAUGUAAAUUAUGUGUCUGAUUUGCUGCUCAUUUUCUUUUUGUUAUUUGUUUUCAAAGAGUGUCAUUUAACCCAGAUUGGCUUCAAACUCCCUAUAUAAUCCAAAUGACCUUGAACUCUUGAUCCUCCUGCCUCCACUUCCUGAGUUCUGGGUUCAACAGCAUACCCCUCUUCAUGGCUUCAUACUGAUAAACAAUUUGUAUAAAGAACUCCCAACCCCCAACACUAGGAAACAAAUGUUUUGAAAAAAGUGGGCAAAAGAUUUGACUAGACACUUCACCAAAGAGAAUAUUUAUAUGGCGGAUAAAUGCAUAAAAAAUGUUCAGCCACCAAAGGGGUGUAUAACUUACAUUAAAUGUAUGUAUAUUUGGUGUAGUUCAAAAGAUGUUUAUGUAACUAAAUGCAUGGUGAGUGACCAUCAAGUCUCCCUGGUAACUUGAUGUUUAGGCAUUACUAGUCUUUGUUUAAUCAAGGGAUUAUUUAAAUCAAAUUUUCCCCUGAUAUUGCAGCACAUGCAAAGAUUUCCCUCUCUUAGCAGUUAACACAACCAUUCCAAAAUACAUGUGCACAUUUAUAUCCAUGUGUAUAUGCAUAUGUUCACACUCCCAUAUGAACCAGAAUCCAUGCUUCCUGAGCCAGAGAAACAGAAGCUGACACCAUAAGCUCUGGUGAAGAUGGUAGUACCCUCUAUAGAGCUGAGUCAAGAAGGGCAAGCUUCUGCACCACACACCACAGAUGGCCUUGCUCACAGCCUACCACUGUCCAUCAGAAGAAAAAUCUUUGCAAAAGUGUUGAUUCAUAUUAAAUGAAGCUACUUCUACCUUUUGAAGUCUCUGAUCUGCCACUGCAGACUCUUCCUUCUUCCACUUGGUUUUCCCUUGCUGUGAAUGUGGGUCAUGUCAGAAAACAUGAUUCUGGCUGUCCACAAACUUUCCAAGGAAUUAAAGACUAUUUUGUUUUUAAUUUACAACAAACUAUUUACCUGUGGUUCUUUACCCCCAAAUACAGUGUUGUGAACAUCUUAAUGAAAUGUGUGUAAAAUGUGUAUAAUGGAAUUUUGUUUGUAACCUGCCUCUUCUUUGUUGCUUCAGGAUUGUCUGUUAUGGAGAAAAAUAUGUAGUGCUCUAGCAUGCUUGUAAUGAAACACAUAACAAUUAUGACCUUCCUGUCUAUUCUCUACUUGCCUGUUCAAUGUCUGAUUAGCAGGGACCCAAUAAUUCCAGAGAGUCCAUGUAAUAUGUCUAUGAAUAAGUGAUUCUAUUUCAUAAGAAAUAAUCUGGUGCUAAUGGUUGGUCCUUGGCAUGCAUAGGUGUUGGCAUGGGCACAGCUAUGGAGCUCUGUACACACACUGACCUUGCUUGUGGUCAGCUUUUGUGGCUUUAUCCUUAACUCCACCCUGGCCAAUAUGCACAUUCAUGCUUGAUGCUUACCACUUAUCAACAGAUUCUCUUGCUUGACUUUAACAAAAUAAAGUGUCUCUUCAAAUGAAAGAAGGAUGUCUUUAUUUCUUACAUUAUAGCUUUGUAAAAAGAAUAAAAAUAGCAGUGCUGGGCAUGUCU